CCCUCUCACACACUUUUUCCUUUCAUUUUCUCUCUCAGUUCCAGUUCCAGGUCUUCCAAUACAGCAGGACCAACGCAGGAUCUGAGGAUUGGUGAUAUUCUUUGUUCUCUCUCUCCAUUUUUCUUUCUUUAUUUCUCUCCCCCCUUGCUUUGCCUGGGCAAAAUGCGGCUGCUAUAUUCUAACCCCCCCCAUACUGAACUUUGCUGUGGGUGUGGGGAGCUUGUGGAAGUGUGCUGUGGCUUCUGGGCCAGCACCUUUAAGAAAUUUGUUUUCCAAGUUCAGAAUGUAAUGAAGUAUAUGGUAUAAAAUUAAGGACUUGUUAGCCACCAUGUUUGUGGAAAUGUAUUUUAAGAAUUUAAGAGCUUGUUAACCAAACUUGAGACUAAACAGUGGGCUGGUUGCCGUAAUUAAAAAUGCAAGAGUUCCCUGUCUUUGUUCAGCUUGGUGAGAMUUUACAACUAACAUCACCCCACUACCGAUGGGCUGUGACACCAUCCUUACUCUAUUUAAAAAUGAAAGUAGGAACCUUUAUACGCAUGUACACCAUCUGCUCCCUUAGAUCUGGUUUACAUGAGAGGCCAAUCUGCAAAAGCACCAGGUGGCAUUUUGCUUGGCUUCUCCCACCAAAUGCCGUGACAGCAUUUGGCUUCCAAGAGGCACCAAGCCUUUAUUAUUUAAGCAGGAAAAGAGCGUCUCCCCUUCCUUCCCUCAGAGAAGCAGCCUCUCCCAYACACAAUUCUUUUUAUCUGUUUCCCCACGGUUCCAGCCACCUUUAUAAUUCUGUGCGCAUACCUUUACAUGAUUUUAUCUUUUUUUUUUUUGCCAGUCAGUCUUGACUUGACUGACGCUAUUCAGCAACCUCAGGGAACAGAAAAUUUCUAUUCGCUAUAUUAUUUAUCACCCUUGAGGCCCAUUCCCAUGUACGGCCGGAGCAGAGCCCUUAGUGCCCGCGGUCGGAGGGCCGGGGGCUGCGUAAAGCAGAGCACAUUCAUAGAARACUGUCUAUUCUCCUCCAGAGCGCUGCUAAACUCCCGUACUCUAAGCUACAGCCGCUUAUUUUGGGGACCGCUACUCCCGCUGGCCGCAGACCCGCCACUCCUCGCUAAGACACGGAGCGAMAGCAGCGCGCUCAAGGGGGAUCGGCCGCCGCGCUCUCCGCCGUGAGGGGCGGCCCCGCCGCGGAGCGCCCGCUGGCGGCAGCUGAGGGGCAGGGCCGGCGCCCGCAAUGCCCGCAAUGCCCGCCAUGCCCGCCGCGGAGCGCGCCGGGAGCUGUAGUUCCGCGGCCGCACGGCCCCGUUCCCCCGCUGCUUCCCCGAGCGGCGCGGCGGCUCCGCCAGACCCGCUCCGGCCCCGCGGCUUCCCGGUGGGCAGCCCCGCUCGCCCAGGCCGGGCAUGCGGCCGCUGCUGCCGCGGCUCCUCCCCGCGCUGUGCUCGGCGGCGGCCCGAGCCCUGCUGGCCGGGCGGGCCGGGUCCAUGGCGCUGCGGCCGGCGGCGGGAGCGGGACGGGCCGGGAGCGAUGCCCGGAGCGCGGCCCCGGAGCACGAUGGGCUGGAAAAUGUACAGCAAAAGAAAAUCUUCAAAGAGAGUAAGGAAGAAACACCACAGGGAGAAGAGCCAUGUGCUACCGAUUCAAUAGACUCUCUAAUGGCAGAAAUGCCAUUUGUGGAUACAGAUAUUGAAGAUGAAUGUGCUAUGCAUGUGACCUCUGAACGAAAUGCUAAGAAGAAAAGAAAGCUGACUACUGGAAGGGAAAUUGAGGAAGGCAUUAAGAGAAAAAAGAAAAAGAAUAAACAGUAUCAGCCAAAUUAUUUCAUUUCUCUCCCAAUUACUAAUCCAAAGAUUACUGGCAGUGUUCAGGCUGUUCAAGAUGCAGUAAUACUAAAGGAUCAAAGGCUUUCCAAAGCAAUGGUUCGCCCUGGCUCAUUGCAUGUCACCAUGUUAGUGAUGCAUUUGUCCAGUAAAGAAGAAAUUGGCAUAGCAGUUGGUGCUCUUUCAGACAGCAAGGUUUUUGUAAACAAUCUCCUGAAAGGAAAAAGAGUGGAUUUGUCUUUUCGAGGAAUUGAUCACUUCGGAAAUCAAGUUGGAUUUGUGAGUUUGGCAGAAAAUGAUCAUACAACRCUGCUUAAGGAAAUAGCAGACACUAUGAAGAAGAUAUUUCAAGAAAAGGGGAUCAUGGCAGGAGAAGAAAGAGCUUUUAAACCACAUCUAACCUUCAUGAAGUUAUCAAAAUCAGCAGAGCUACGUAAGGAGGUGAAAAAGAUUGACUCUAGUCUGUUUGAAGAUUUCAAAAACCAUUAUUUUGGAGAUGAGAUCUUGCAUCGUUUUGAUCUUUGCUCCAUGUUCAAAAAAAAACAACCGAAUGGUUACUACUACUGUGAGUCCUCUGUUGUUUUUGGUGAAAAGCAAGCAGCAGAACCAGACGAUGCAGAGCUGGUGAGCCUCAGCAAAAGGCUGGUGGAGAACGCAGUGCUGAAGGCUGUGCAGCAAUAUUUAGAAGAAACACAAAACAAAAGCAGACAGACUGAUGGAAGCCCUGCAAAAACUGAGGAAGCAGAAAGUGGCAGUAAGAAUGAGGGCGACAAUGAUAACAGCAAGUGAGCGCUGUGCAAAAAGCCUGGGAGCAAAUAUCCCACCAAGAAUAACUACAAAACCACGUCCCAGCUCCCUGCUGAAAUUUGCUAAGUGGUGCUGGAUGUCAGGCACUCUGCUUUGUGAGUCUCUUAUCAAAAGUUUGUUCUGCAUUGAAGGACAUUGUCUACUGGUUUAACAAGUGCUUGCACUGCUGAAAAUCUAUCGAAUGCUGGGAGGGAUGGACAGUGGAAAAAGACAARAGUGGUGAAGCACGCAGCUCCAAUCUUCACUUCUUUUGAUACCAAGAGUUCCUUCCUUGCUUUUGAAGAGAAACUGAACAUUUUGCCUUUGUCUUUUGGAUUGCUGGAUGGCUGUGAAGAGGCCUUGCCAUAAGUGGAAGCGAUGCCCUGCGCCCAAGGGUUUGGCACCGCCGCAGGGCUGCUUGCUCCAUGUGAGAGCACAUGCUGUUUCCUAGUCAACAGCAGUCAAUCCCAAGCUAAAAAUUACCACUACAGAUGCUCAUCACAGAUACUAUUACACAGUAUGURAUAAGGCAGGAGUUUCCCUUAAAUGUGACACUGUACUGUUCUUUACAUUUUGGUAGCAUUUGUUGAUGUAAAUUAUAUUUUUUUKAUGAAAUACCUUUUUAUAAAAGAUCAAUAUGGGCAAAAGACUGAGCACUUACUAUUGUCCAAACUAGAUAUGAUCUCUGUAUCUCUGUACAUUAAUGAUUCUAAAUCACAUGAGUUAUUAUAAAAUGUAUUAUAUUGUUCUUCUCCUCUAGGAAAGAGCCAUGAAGCAGUAGUAAAGGAAGCUUUACACAGAGAAACGCAGGCCCUGUUAUCCAGACUG